CCAUCCUUAGCCCAUGCGCGCUCAUGCAGGGCUGCAUUCCCGAUUCAAGCACGGCAAAUGUUAGCCUCCUUGCAGCUGCAAGUACGGGAGGUCAGACGAACACUGGAAUUGCACCUCCCAAUCUCAGUUGACAGCGCUUUUGGGGCAGCCCCGCAGCGGCGCCGUUCUCGGCCGGCGUCGAGCCAUGAAGGGCAUGCGGCUCCGCCCGGCGAGCGCGCCCUUCGCGUCGUCGCCGGCGAACCAGGCCGAGGACAAGCUGCCGCGCACCGUCGGGUGGCUCAUGCCCAUCGACCCGGCGUCCCCGAGCUCCCGCCCGAGGACGGCGCCGUCGGCGCAGACGCCGUCGCGCCUGCCCUUCGGCGGGUCGCCGAGCGGCGGCGCGUCCGUCGCGUCCGGCGGGUCGCGGCGGAGCGGCCGGAGCGCGCGGAGCGGCAGCGCGCGGUCGCGGUCGCCGCCGGCGAAGCGCGAGCUCGGCGUGCGCCGCGAGGACCAGCCGGGCCGGAAGCGCGAGGUCAUGCACGGCUGGCGGCCGCGGACGAAGCCGAAGCCCCUCGACGACGACCAGGCGCCGCUGGACCGCACGCUCGCGCGGUGGAUCAAGUCCUACAACAGCGAGCAGACCGUCUUCGCGUCCGACUUCCUCUCCGCGGAGGUGAAGCUGCGCGAGGCGGCGACGACGACGGAGACGCUGCGCCUCGGCGGCGAGUACGUGCCGCCGCGCAACCUCGCGAUCGUCACCUGCGACGUGCUCCUGAGCAUCGCGAAGCAGUUCGGCCGCUUCGAGGGGUUGAUGAACCUCGUCGCGCGCAACGUCAUGCGCUGCGUCUUCCCGCCGCGCACGGACCCGUCGGCGCUCGCCGACGGCGCCUCCGGCGACGGGGCCGUCGACGAGCCGCCGGCCAAGGGCACGGACCUCGUCUACAUGGUGCCCUGGUACGAGAUGUGGCGCACGGCCGUCCAGGAGCAGCGGCGUUUAGGCCACGUCGUCCACGAGCGCGACGAGGGCGUGGCCAUGCGCGAGGCCGUCCAGAAGAAGACGAAGCUCGUGGCCCAGCUCCUCGACAGCAACGUCCACUUCCGCCUCAAGGUGAGCUUCCGCGCGUGGAGCACGCGGUUCCGGCGCGACCGCGUCCAGGCGCGGCUCUCCCGGCGCCGCGCGGCCGCGCGGCUCGCGCCGCGCUACUUCGCGCUCUGGACGCGCUUCGCGGCGGAGUGCGUGCGCGCGCGCGAGGUCGAGCAGUACCGCCUCGACAUCGUCGACCUCCUCGACGCGGAGCAGGAGAAGCGCGAGGAGCUCAACGAGGCCUACGACGCGCUGUUGGAGACGAACCGGGAGCUCGAGGCGCAGCGCGAGGUCCUGGGCCAGGAGCUGACGCUCGAGAAGGAGAAGGUCGAGAAGGCCGCCAAGUCGUCGCGGAAGAAGCACGUCGACAAGGUCGUCGGCCGCGCGCGCGUGUCCUUCGCGAACCGCGCGCGGGCCGCGCCGGCGCCGGGCAACUCCGCGGCGCAGAUCGAGCGGAAGAAGACCUUGGGCCUCAACCUGAAUCUCGCCGGCGCCCUCGACGGCGCGCCGCGGCGGCCGUCCAUCGUCCGGGCGACGGCGAUCCGCCAGUCCAUGGUCGCGGGCGGCGGCGGCGAGGGCGGCGGCCGCAUCGCGGCGCUCGCGACGCCCUUCGCCGCCGACUUCGACUACAAGGACAACCCGGCCUUCAACUGGGCGAAGAAGAACAAGCUCCGGAACACGCGCGAGGUCGGGAGCUCGACGCUGCAAGCCCUGCGGCUCCGCAACGCCUGCGACAGCCGCUUCCUGCAAGCGUCCCGGGACGCGCAGACGGAGCUCCCCGGCGGCGGGCCGUUGGCGGCCUGGGAGCGGCGGGGCGACGAGCGCAAGGGCCGCCGGGAGCGCGACCGGCGCCGCGACGCCGCCGCAAAGAAAUUCGGCGGCUCCAUCACGGCGAAGCACCGGCCCUUCGGGUCCGGGCACAGCGGGCCCGCGGCGCGGCGGACGCACCAGAUCAAGGACCGCGCCGAGCUCGACGUGGACCAGUGCCUCGAGCUCGCGAGCGACGCGCUCGUCGAGAAGGUGCGCCAGGACGCCGAGGACCGCGUGCUCCACCAGCCCUUCCAGCACCUGCGGCCCUACUUCAUGGACUACCUACUACGGCGCUACGGCGUCCGCGCCCUGGCGACGAAGUUCCGCCGGGCCGUCGAGAAGUGCGUCGAGCAGACGCCGCCCGACGAGCUCCACCCGCGGCUCCGCGUCUUCGCGCUUUUGUACGGCCUGAAAUUGAAGGAGGAGGAGGCCGGCGAGGCCUUCGCGGCGUCGACGGCGGACCUCCGCGGCUCCGCCGCGAGCCCGCCGCGCGGGUCCUCGCCGGCCAAGGCCGACGGCGCGGGCGAGGCGAAGAAGCCCAAGCCCAAGAAGCGCAAGAACAAGGACCGCGGCGGCGGCCGGCGGUCCUUCAACCAGAACGUCGACGAUCGCGAAGGGGUCGUCCAGUUCUUCACGGAGCUCAUCCUGAGCUGCGUCGGCACGUCCGAGGACUUCAAGGAGCUUUUGGACGACGCGUUCGAGGAGCCGCUCGUCCGCGUCGCGGACGUCUUCGCGGGCAUCCGCGUCGCCUUCCGGUCGCUGCGGGCCAAGGCGCCCCGGGCCUACUACGACGAGAUCCUGCGGGACGCGGUCCUGGGCCACGGCGACGUCUCCGAGCGCCUCGCGCGCCACCACGGCCGCGGCGGCGGCGACCACACGGCGCGCGCGGCCGCGGCCAUGCACAUGUUCUCGGCCCGCCGCGCGACGCCGCGCACGGGCCCCACGCUGUCGCCGGGCCGCGCGCCGCCGAAAAACGACGGCUCGACCGCGAAGGCGGCGAUGCGCUUCGAGUCGGCUGUCCCGCUCGACGCCGUCCUCGAGCGCCUCGUCAGGUGCUGGCCCCUGGAGAAGCGCGCGCGCCACGACCGGUCGCCCGAGGCGCUGGAGACGGCGCUGCGGCCCGCGCUGCGCCUCAUGCGGCGCACCGUCGUCGCGUGGCGGGCGACGCGCGAGUCGCAGACCAAGCUCGCGCGCCGCGCGUUCCGCCGGGCCGACGCGCUGAUCCACGCCGACGAGUACUCGCCCCGGGGCGUCUUCUCCUACGCCGAGUUCGAGGAGCUCGUCCAGGACCACUGCAAGCUCGCCGACGUCGACCGGCAGGACGCGACGUUCCUCUUCAAGCGCUGGCACGAGCUCUGCGACAUCCGGGGCACGGCCGCGCGCCUCCCCCGCGACGAGCGCACGGAGGAGGCCUUCCUCAACGACAUCCGCGACCCGACCGCGCGGCGCGCGGCGCUCGAGGAGAUGCGCCGCGUCGGCGACAACCGGUCCGCGGAGGCGACGGAGGACUACUUCGACGAGAAGGACGACGGCGAGCGCGCGCUGGAAGCCAUGCGCUUCGAGCUCGACGAGGACGUCGACGAGAACGAGUCCCUCGGCGACUCCGUGGAGGUCGCGGCGCGCAUGUGCGAGGCGAACCUCGCGGACGUCGAGAUCGCGUCGCGGGCCUUCGCGGACACGCUCUGGAUGGCGCGCCUGCGCCUCGGCGCGGACCUCGCGCCGGAGAAGGACGGCGACGCCGACUCCUUCGCGUCGACGGUGUCCCGCGCGAACCGGAGCCCCUCGCCCCCGCGGCCCUCGCGCGCGGGGCGCCUCAAGUAGGGGAACUCGUCUG